AUGGAGAAGCCAAGCAAUCGCGCCAUCUAUCUUGGCGAGUCAACAGCUGGAAAGGGCAUGGCCCAUGGAGCUGGGGUGACGAAGCUGUCUGGUUUUGCUAGCAUGGUGGAGUAUGUUCACAACUACAUGAUGAAGAACGAACCUGCGGACCCUCGACACACGAGCAAA